UUUAUAAUGGUCGAAAUAUUGGCAUCACAGAAGUAUCAAAAGGAUCAAAAGAAUAUAAUUAUCAAAGAUUUCACUAUCCCAUUUGUUCUUAAAAAAGUUUUUGAUGCUAAACAAAUUUGUGAAGAAAAACAACAAUCAAUAAUUGAUAACUUGGAAAGUUUUGAAGCUAAGGAUAUUACUAAUGGAAACGCUUUCAUGUCUUACAUUAUACGAUUAAGUCUGCAUUGGAAAGUCAAAAAUUGUUUUGAAGAUUUUCCAAGUUCAAUCAUCAUGAAGGUUCCCUUUCCACGGCAUGAAACUGAAAAUACAAAAGAGGACGACAAACCCUCUGAGAUUAUUUCUGACUUCUUAACCAUUGCGACUGCUCGUGAGAUAAAUUUCUACAAAAACUUUCCCUUGUUUGAACCACGUGCCAAACUUCCCAAAUUCUACUACGGAUAUGAACAUCAUCCAUUACAACAAGGCCUAAUUAUUAUGGAAGAUUUGUCUACACGUGCCGUAACCAUCCCCGUACUUCCAGGCUUCAAUGAACCUCAGCUUUUUGCUUUAUUGGAAGAAGUAGCAAUGAUUCAUGCUGCUUCUUGGCGCCCUGGCUUCCUCGCUGAAUUGGUGAAAAGCACGCAGAAAUUAGUAGAGCUUGAUCCGGCGGUUUUCAAAACAUUAAUAGAUCAGUUAUCUACAUCGUUUACUAUGUCUUCUGUUGAACAAUCAAACUACAGUGGUUCAAAAUUUGGCUUCCCAUCCUGCAUUGUACACGCCGAUUUGUGGACACCUAACGUGCUAUGGGAACGGGAUGCACAAGGACAACCGACAAAUAAGCUAUGCGCGAUCAUUGAUUGGCAAACAGUACAUGCUGGAAAUCCUUGCGAAGAUAUUUGUCGUAUUCUUUCCUUGAACACUUCCGGAACUUACAGAAGACAGAACACUGAACGUUUGCUUACUUUUUAUGCAGAAAAGGUUGCCGAAUUUAUGGGUGGAAACUCGCCCUUCACUUUUGUACAGUUAAAAGAAGCUUAUAGAAAAUCAAUGGCUUAUUCUGCAUUGUAUUUGUGCUUUGGAAUUGUUUACUACCACGAGAUGGAUUCGAUAGUUGGUACCGAUCCAGAAAACAGAAAAGUUAACCAAAAAGAAUUGCUGGAAAGAUGUCGAAUGUUUUUAGAAGAUACUGUCAGCUCUCUUGAUAAACCAGCCUGA